AUGUCCUGUCAGCUAUACACAGACAUCGUCCGACGUCCCGUGCGAGGAAAACUUUUUCUCGAGUGGUAUCGCUUCCCUAUAGCCGGCUUCAUGCUGUGGUGCAUCAUGUGGGGUAGUGUCGCCAACCGAGCCCGCGCUUUUUGGGACCCCACAUUCAGACAAGACUCCCAUCGCGAGCGCUGUGGGAUGCCUUCAUGGGUGACAAACCUACUCAAUGGAAUAUUUGUUUUCUGGGCUGUGGCAAACGUUCCAGCUUAUGUUCCACAAGCUGAUAUUUUCAACAUACUGGAUCGCGUGACAAAGGAACUACUCUUGGCGUCUACCGACGCGGAUGCAAUGCAAUUCUCAUGGUUUAAAUUGGGAAUGAUCAUAUCCCCAUUGGAAAGACUCCCAGAACUUUAUCAACGAUUUGCGUCGGCAUACCUUAAAACUCACUAUGCUUUUAUGAUACUUCUCGUUAUCCUGAUGACUAUAUAUAUGCUUUUCGUCUACUUAACGUCUCGACAAUACAAGACUUUGUAUAAAAGUAAAACACACAUUCCGUUCGGAACGGAUCCAAAUAUAAGGUUGAAGGUCACUUACCGUGAAGAAAUCAAAGCGCUUUUUAUUGAAGCAGGCUGCCUGUGCUUCUGGUUGACAUCAUAUUUCCCGGUGUUUGUGUGGACGGUAACUGCAAGGUCUGGCGAAGUUCUCAUGCUUUCCCCACAAUCAGUGAUGGUACCUGAACUGUGUUUUGGCAUACCGGUUGGCCUCAACUAA